AUGACGGUCCCCUCACUCCUUUCCCUGCUGCUGGCACUUACUGUCACACUAUGGAGCUCACCUGUUUCAGCCUCGGACUACCAUGAACAGCUCUUUCUUCAACCUCUCCCGCAAUCCUCCCUACUAGCCUCGUUCAAUUUUCGGGGUAAUACAUCACAACAAUCGUUCGACAACCAGCACUUCCGAUACGUCCCAAGAGCACUUGGCCAGAUCCUUCAGCACGCGCACACGAAAGAGCUUCACUUGCGUUUUACAACGGGGCGAUGGGAUGCGGAUAGCUGGGGCUCACGCCCGUGGAAUGGUAGUAAGGAGGGAGGCACUGGUGUGGAACUUUGGGCAUGGAUUGAAGCUGCAGAUGACGAAGAAGCAUUCGCAAAAUGGAUUACCUUGACACAAUCUUUGUCCGGGCUCUUCUGUGCCUCUUUGAACUUCGUCGACUCGACUCGAACAACACGACCGGUUGUCUCCUUUGAGCCUACAGGGCACCACCAAGAUGCCAACUCACUACACUUGUUACACGGAACACUCCCCGGAGAGGUUGUUUGCACAGAGAACCUCACCCCGUUCUUGAAGUUGCUUCCAUGCAAGGGCAAAACUGGAAUCUCGACUCUUUUCGAUGGUCACAAAUUGUUCGACGCUGCAUGGCAAAGCAUGUCAGUUGACGUGCAGCCAAUUUGCUCAGCUGACGGCGAAUGUACCGUUCAAAUCGAACAAACUGUCGACAUGGUUUUGGACAUUGAGCGGUCGAAGCGACCGCGAGACAAUCCAAUUCCACGACCGGUUCCAAAUGACCAGCUGGUCUGUGAUACUUCCAAGCAUUACAACGCUGACGACACAUGUUAUCCCCUGGAAAAAGUGACUGAUAAGGCUUGGAGUCUGAACGAAGUCUUCGGAAGAACCUUGAAUGGCAUCUGCCCUCUUGCAGACUCAAGCGAACAAUCUGUAUGCCUUCGGGUACCUCAUGAAAAGGGUGUGUUUAUAACUCCCGGGGCCUCGGAGUUGAAAAAAGAUGAUGGUUUCACUCGCUGUUUUGCCUUGGCAUCCUCCGAGCCCUUCGAUCUCUCAAUCCCAGAACAACAGCUACAGACAGAGGUGCUCCUUCAGGAGCCCGUCCUCCAUGCCGAGCGAACGAUUGUUGGUCAUGGCCAAGAGCGUGGUGGCAUGCGCAUCAUUUUCGGCAAUCCAUCUGACACUAAUACGGUUGACUUUAUUUACUUUGAAUCGCUUCCCUGGUUCCUGCGCCCGUAUAUCCACACAUUGCAGGCCACUAUCACUGGACGCGACGGGGUACGCCGAGAGAUUCCCGUCUCUGACCUCGUGACGGAGACUUUCUAUCGUCCCGCCAUUGAUCGGGAACGUGGAACUCAGCUAGAACUUGCUCUGUCUGUGCCCGCCGCCUCAACCGUCACGCUGACAUAUGACUUUGAGAAGGCUGUGUUGCGGUACACCGAGUACCCGCCGGAUGCCAAUCGAGGAUUCAAUGUUGCCCCGGCGGUCAUUCGAGUUUUGGAUGGAGCGGAUUCUCGUCCAGUUUAUCUCCGUACCACCAGUCUUCUCCUUCCACUGCCAACACCAGACUUCAGUAUGCCGUACAAUGUGAUUAUUCUCACCAGUACGGUGAUCGCGCUGGCAUUUGGCACUGUCUUUAAUAUCCUUGUGCGACGGGUUGUCUCUUUGGAAGAAGCGACUGCUCUAAAUGCUCAAACCUUGAAAAGUCGGCUCCUGGGUAAAUUCAUUGCCUUGCGAGACCGUCUGGGCAAGAAAGAGAUCAAAGUGGAGUGA